AGAAGUAUCAAAAGGCGGACACAAUUGCUACAACUGCAUGCCCAGGAAGUCAAGCUUUCACGGUCCUUGGUGCGUUGCUUGGCGUGUCCAUGGUGUUCAAUGGCGUUUUUUUAGUUUGUUUUACUUUGAGGUACUGCAAAGAAAACAAAGAAAAUCGAAGGAAAAGAACAAAAGUCGAGCAUGACAUGGUUGACAUGAAUAAAAUGCGUCAAGAGUGUCCUACAGAAGAUCAACAAGUUGUCCAUCAGUGCGAGUUGGUUAAUGAUAAAGAACAGGGAGGUCCUAACAAUUCCAUCUACCAGUCAGUCAAUCCUCACACGGAUACUUACACUUCACUUAGUCCAGACACCAAGCUUCCUCCUAAGCCUGCCAUAAGCAAGACCACCGAUGUGGUUUACCAGGAAAUACAAGGUCAUCCUCAAAAGUACCAGUCACUCGAAAACUUCAGUCGUAUCUAAAGAGAUCGAACCAGGAGGAGAAUGUGCAUGAAUGUGCAAGGACACGGUUCGCACCACUCAGAAAUGGUGUAUUCAACGGAAAGAAUCAAAGAUAGAACUGAUUUCGAAUGAUAAUAAAACGGCACGGCACGGCACGAUCACGGAACCUCGCCUUCUAGUGAUUUCAAAUAAUGGCAAUGAUGAAAGCCUUUCCACACGAGCAAACAAAAACAGCGUCUUCAAAAAUGUCCAUUUUCGAGAGCGCUUUCGACCCACACCCACACCCACACCCAAACCCACAAAUUCUCCGCACUCUCCUUAUAAUUGAUUAUGGAUAGGUAUCGUUCAAACGUUGUUUAUGAAAUCACCUCAAUAAAGUUAUAAGUGUAAGUUUUAUAUUGGUCAACAGUGCUGGGUUAAUUUUCUCUUCAAUUUCAUUCGUUUUGGGGAAGGAAAACAAGGCAAAAUCUUUUGAAUAGCCGCGGAGCACAUUCGAUGAUCGCACCAUGACGACCAGACGAAAAUGAAGCAAUACCAUCAUUCUUUGCAUUCCUAGUCAGUCUUUCAUACCGUAACCUCAGCAGUGCGAUAAUAGUCGGUUUCCCAACUUGUACCAAAUACGAUCUACAUCAGCAUUUUCGGCCAGUUUCUUUUAGGGAGAUUAUGCUCAAUAAAUAUUUAUCUAUCUCUUCUCUCUUAAUUUCCAUUACAUGUCCAUAAAAAUAUCCCGAACAGUGCUAUCGUUUUCAUCAAAGACUCAAUGUAAACUUGAAUAGUAAGCAAAACACUCCCUUCUCUUCAGCAGGCGUGUUAAUCGGUUGAUUGUGAAUACAAGUGACAUCACGGUCUUCAUAAUAGCUUCUUGUAGGAUAAUAUGAUUUGGAAACGAUUUCUAUUGGCUCUUGGAUUGAUGUCAAAUACGUUAUCAUUUAUUGAAAGAGUACAUCUUCUAAAUGAAACUUUACCUCUGACUAUUCAAGAUGGCUGGUAUAAGGAAAAAUUGCCGGGAGACAUGCUGGGGUUUUUCUUCAACUCUGGGAAAUACUUAGUAUGUGAUACUAYAGAAAAGCAAGAACCAAAAUCCUGGUUAAGAACUGASUUUAUUGAAUUCAAUGGCGCUAAGCGYGUGUUCAUUUACAUUAGUUACACCRUCAGAAAAUGUAAAUCAAACUYUAAAUACUGCAAAGAAGAGUUCAAGCUUUACACAGCACACACUAAUAAGUCUGCAUYAAGUCCUAAACCUCCAAAUGGAUUUGAGGAAAUUGCAGUUGCAAAGCCUACAAACCUCAAAGAUGGAGUACCAGAUGAAAAGGACGUUAUUGUAUUGAAUGCAACAAUCAAAGCAAAGAUGGAUGGAUUUUACCUGGCUUUCUUGGAUCAAGGUGUAUGUCUCACGUUGUACAGCAUCAAAGUAAUGUACUACUUUUGUCCAGAAAGGGGUAAAUAUCUUGAUUUCAUCAAGUUUCCUAAAACCAUAUCUCCAGYUGAAGACAUUGUGGGAUCUCAGGGUCAGGAAGUCCACGGAUCUUGCUCAGAUUCAAAUGCUAAAAAUAAAACUGAAUUACUGGGUGUUUGCACAACCAAAGGAGUGUGGRASGUGAAUAAUGAUGUCAGGUGUCUGUGCAAACCUGGUUAUGAGUACUUACCAACUCCUAGAGCACACUGUGCAGAAUGUGGAUAUGAACAGUAUAAGAGUUCUUUAAACAACAGCAAGUGCAAGAUAUGUCCAAGCGGUUCUUACUCCUUUGGACGAAGUACAAUGUGUGUUUGUCAGUCAGGGUUGUUUAGGAUGAAUGAAAAGAACAACGACGAGCCAUGUUAUGCUCUUCCAAAUGGUCCUAAAUCUAUUAUUGUAACACCGUUGAAUAUUCCAUCCAUCCGAGUGUCCUGGCCUCCAACAAGUGACAAAACUGUAACCUUCACAGUUGAAUGUUUCGUGUGUAAAAAUGACAAAGAUAAGAAAUGUGUUGAACCGUGUAGCAGCAAAACAAUAUUUCACCCUGGUAAAAGUGGUCUUAAAAGACAAGUACUUGUAUCUGGACUAAAAUCUGGGUCAAGAUUCAAGUUUCUUGUCUUUGGCGUAAAACGCUUGAAUCAAAAUGUGGACAAAUCUGAAUGGAAGUACUCUGUAACAUUCGGCAAUACAAAGGAAGUUUUUUCAGGAAAGUAUUCAACGCCAUCCACAGUGGCUACAACUGCAGCAUACCAAGGAWAUUAUCAUUUACUUCUUAUAACGAUCCUUGGGGUGUUGCUUGGAGUGUCGGUGAUGUUCAAUUUUGCCUUUUUGGUUUGUUUCACUUGCAGGAGGCACAGCAAAGAGAACACAGGACAGCAAAGGAAAAGGCAGGAAAAGUUCUCUCAUCGAACACGUGUUCCUUUUUGSAAUUCUCAUUUUAGACCACAGGCAGAGUACGACAUGGUUGAUAUGAGCAAAAUGCGUCCUGAGACCCAUAGGCACCCUUCUGACAAUCAGAAUGAAACGCAGUACGAGCUGGUUGAUGACAAAGAACAGGGAUAUCCUAACAAGACCAUCUACCAGUCAGUCAGUCCUCACAAGGAUACUUACACUUCACUUAGUCCAGACACCAAGCUUCCUCCUAAGACUGACAUCAGCAAGACCACCGAUGCGGUCUACCAGGAAAUCCAAGGUCAUCCUUGAAAAAACCCGUCUCUUGACAA